CUGAUCAUUUCCUUUUUGGGUAUACCAAUCCACGGCCAGGCCCAUCCAAUGAACGGUUUGGAUCAUUGAAAAAAAUGACCCCCAGAUUCAACCGCUUGGAUCAUAAUGUUGUAGCAAACCACAGCAGCAAAAUCCGGAAUCAACGGUACCAAUUGCAUUGAAUUUGGAAGCAUGCAAACAAAUCCCUUACGUACCCAGAGCCGUUCCCUCAAUUGAAAGAGCAUUUGAAUCAUGUUUCCUUUGUGUAUGUAUAUAAAUACACACACAGUCUCUGUUUCUCUUCCAUCCAUCCACCAUCAGCUGAGAUUUUUGGGUGGAAGGAAUAAAAGAAAAAUGGUGAAGAAGCCCAGUUCCCUUUUAUUCUUCUUCAUCUUCUCUCUCUUACUAUGCAUUUCUCCAUUGACAAUUGAUGCCAGACAAAGCGACGCUCUCGACAAGCUCUUGAAGAACCGUGGGCCAGCCGACGACCGCCCUUUUGAGGCCGAAGUCGUCGAAUCAGAUCAUCUUAUUAUUCCCCAGCAAGGAUCAAAGGAGAAAGACAAGAUCAUCAAGCUACCAGGCCAGCCAGAGAAUAUAGAUUUUGCGCAUUAUGGUGGUUAUGUGACCGUUGAUGAGAAAGCUGGAAGAGCACUCUUUUACUACUUUGCUGAGGCUGUGGAGUUUCAUCAGGCCUCCAAACCUCUCCUCUUGUGGCUCAAUGGAGGGCCUGGUUGUUCUUCACUUGGGUUUGGAGCAAUGGAAGAAUUAGGACCUUUUCGAGUAAUGAGCGACGGUAAAACACUCUAUCGGAACAAAUACGCAUGGAACAAAGUGGCGAAUGUGUUGUUCUUGGAGUCGCCAGCUGGGGUGGGGUUUUCCUACUCGAACACGACAUCGGAUUAUGGUAUGAGUGGUGACAGACGAACAGCAAAGGAUGCUUAUGUGUUCUUGGUGAACUGGUUGGAGAGAUUUCCAGAGUAUAAGAACAGAGACUUUUAUAUAGCAGGGGAGAGCUACGCUGGACAUUACGUUCCACAGCUUGCACAUUCCAUCAUCAAACACAACGAGUUCGCAAACACGACCAUCAUCAAUCUCAAAGGAAUCACUAUCGGCAAUGCAGUGAUCCAUGAUCCAACGGACAAUUGCGGCAUGUAUGAUUACUUCUGGACCCACGCACUGAUAUCAGAUGAAGCAAUCAACGAUAUCCAUAAGUAUUGCAAUUUCAGCCCAAACGCAAACGCAAGUUCCCAGCCCCAGCAAUGCGACAAUGCCAGCGAGGAAGUGGACAACGGGAUCGGUCCGAUCAAUAUCUACGACAUCUAUGCCCCGCUAUGCUUUUCUUCCAAUCUUACCAUCAAACCCAAGAAGGCUACGGUAUUGAAAUACGAUCCAUGCACAGAUUACUACGUGAAUGCAUAUCUGAAUACUCCUGAAGUCCAAAAUGCCCUUCAUGCUAAUGUCACUAAACUCGAUCAUCCAUGGUCAGCCUGCAGUGUUGUGUUAUACCAUUGGCGCGACAGCGCAUCGACAGUCUUACCCCUCUUGAAGGAGUUCAUGGCUAAGGGCAUCCGCGUUUGGGUGUACAGUGGGGACACUGAUGGGAGGGUUCCUGUUACUUCUACUAGAUACUCUUUGAACGUGCUCAAACUUCCUGUGAAAACUCCAUGGAGGCCUUGGUUGCUCAAAAGGGAGGUUGGUGGAUACACGGUGGAGUACAAGGGAGACAUAACACUAGUAACAGUGAGAGGGGCAGGUCAUGAAGUUCCAAGCUACCAGCCCCCAAGAGCUCUGGCUCUUAUCCAAAGCUUCCUUCUUGGAAAGCCUCUCCCUUCUUCAUAAUUUCUUUCUUAAUGUUUUUUAUUUUUUUCUUUUUAUAGUAAAAAAUCAGUAAUAAUUUGCUGAUGAUAACAUUUAAUAUUUAUAUUUACUUUAUUUAUAGGAUUAGAAAAAUAAAACUGAAUUUGGUCAGGCCUAUGCUAAUCUAUCAUUUCCAUUGCUCAUCCAA